AUUGAACUCACAUGUCAAGCAUCACAAGCUGAGACUUCAAAAUUCGCGGAAGGAAUGUCAAAGUAUCUGUCCUACAAGAAUGUCGCCCUUCACGGCUUUGCUGCCACUCGUUGUCCGGAGCCACUGCCUCGGUUUCUUGGCACGAGCACCAGUGAGGGGCUCGACUCUUUUAUCGCUCGUAUGAAGGCGCACAACAGCGAAGAGUUUGACACUAUUGAUGUUACCCGCGUUCGUCACCUCUACGUGACUCUUCCUACUAGAGACGGAACGCUUCGCUCUUCAAACUCGUCGUUUCAACCAUGCUUUCCGGAAGCCGCUCGGCCAACAAGUGGGGACUUGUUGGACCCAGGGCAUAGCUUAAUUUUGUUCCCUUCUCUCGUUCCUCUCAAGGAUCUGAGUUACGACGGCACGGACCCCACCUAUAAUUUGCCUUCUCCAUACACCCGGCGGAUGUGGGCAGGAGGAGAGUUCAACUUUCAUGAGCCCAAGGGGUACCUAGGGCUCAAGAUUGGUGAUUUAGUGAAAUGCGUGACGACAGUGCCUAGCAUCGAAGUAAAAAAGGGCGGUGCGAUGGUGUUCGUUGACCAGCUGAAGAAGCUUAGCACCGAACGAGGCUUAGCCAUAACUGAGACAAGAACGCAUGUCUUCUUGCCGCCUGUACGGACCCCUAGGCAGACAGUUGCGCCGUCGGAGAGCCCCGCAAAUACAUCGACUUCUCAGGCAUUCGAGUCGAGUCCUGAUGUAUCUUACACUUUCAUCCCAACUGUGUCAAUGUUAUUCAGGUUCAGCGCUCUUACGUUCAAUGCGCACAUGAUCCACCUUGAUCCUGUAUUCGCUCGGGAGGUCGAUGGGCAUCCAGAACGUCUUGUACAUGGACCAUUAACAUCUCUGCUCCUCCUGGAAUUGGCUUCCCGACUGACACCGCCAGGCUUGGGAGGCCUUCCAGCAAUAAAGCGAUAUGCCUACCGCGCAAAACAUCCUAUCUUCGUUGGACGGAAUCUGACGCUUUGUGGGGCUUAUUUGCCUCGGGAGGCUACCGGGGGCGCCAUCACAGGGACGCAGUUGUGGGCACAAAACGAACAGGGGACCGUAUGCAUGACAGCGGAGGCAAGCUUCAUCGUUGAUGUGUGAUACCCCUAAGAAUGCAUUCAUCACGCGGGUGUAAGAUCCCUUCCCUCUUGGAACGUCUUUUUCAUGUUCGGAUUGAGCUACCUGUGGAGCAUCAUUUAGCGAAGACCAACAGCGUUGAGUCAUCGCUAUUGGAGUAAUGAGCAUGCGACGCGUGGUAUACAGUCGAAUGACCGCUAAUGGGACCAGGUAGUGGCAUGAUAAGCCUGGAAAGUAACUGCCACGAGCCGG